AUGGACUGGAAAGACUGGGAUCCGGUUUGGGUAAGAAACACAGCAUAUCGGACACCUUACCAGAGAAAAUCUAUUGAGUUUGCCAAGAAGCAAAAUCCAGAACUGAAUGAAACAGAAGCCACCAGGAAAGCCCACGAAGACCUUGAAAGGGCAGGAAAGAUUUUGAUGACAGAGACAUUAAAACUGGGAAGGUCUGUUCGGCCAAAACACCUGUGGGGUUUCUAUCUUUUUCCAGAGUGUUAUAACGGAGAUUAUUCAAAAUCCAAUUACCUUGGAUAUUGCCCUGACGAGGAAAAGAAAAGAAAUGAUCAACUCAGUUGGAUGUGGAAGGAAGCCACAGGCCUUUAUCCAUCUGUCUAUUUGAGGUCACAGUUGAAGUCUUCUUCUAAAGCUGCACUCUAUACCCGCAGCCGCUUAACGGAAGCCAUUAGAUUGGCCGAAGUGAGGAAUGAUAAAAAUCCUAUUCCAAUUAUGUUUUAUGUUCGGCUUGUUUUUUCUGAUAAACCUACGCAGUUUCUUCUUCAGGAUGACCUUGUGAAUACAAUUGGUGAAAUUGUUGCUCUGGGUCCUGCUGGAAUUAUAAUAUGGGAUGCUGUGUCUUUAUCAAAACGUGGGGCAGGUUGCCCACUCCUAAAAGAACACAUGAAGACUGUUCUGAUUCCUUACCUGCUCAAUGUCUCUUUAGCAGCCAAAAUGUGUAGCCUAACACUUUGCAAUAACCAGGGAGUGUGUAUAAGGAAAUAUCCCGACAGCAGUACUUAUCUCCACUUGAACGCCACGAAUGUUCGUAUUGAAUUUCCGGAGAAUGUGACGCCUGUAGUACAUGGCAAACCCAGCUUUGAAGACCUGAUGUACUAUGCUAAUAAUUUUAAAUGUGCCUGUUUUCCCAUGAUAGAGUGCAGGAUGCAACGUAUUGUGGAGUUUAUGGCAGAUAUUGAAGCAUGCGUUGGGGAUCAGAUCCAGUAUUGGUCUUUUUCAGCCUCUGACUUAAAUUAGAAAGCUCAUAACCCCUCUCUUUCUCAGGACCCUCAGGCUCUAACUGCUUUAAUUGAGUCUAUUCUUCUUACCCACCAACCCACUUGGGAAGAUUGCCAACAACUCCUCCAGGCACUUCUAACCACAGAGGAAAGACAGCGAGUCAUCCUAGAGGCCCGGAAAAACGUCCCUGAGCAGGAUGGGAGACCCACUCAGCUCCCAAAUGAAAUAGACGCAGGAUUUCCUCUGACCAGACCCAACUGGGACCCUGAAACCGUGGCAGGUAGGGAGCAUCUCCAUCUUUAUUGCCAGACUCUGUUAGUGGGUCUCAAAGGGGCCGGAAGGCACCCAACCAAUUUGGCAAAGGUACAUGCUAUAACCCAGGGAGAAAAUGAAACCCCUGCAGGAUUUUUAGAACAUCUGAUAGAGGGAUAUCAGAUGUAUACCCCUUUUGAUCCCACAGCCCAGGAGCGUCAGGCGGAUCUUAUUAUGGCCUUUAUAGGGCAAUCAGCUCCUGAUAUCCAUGGUAAGCUCCAAUGGCUGGAGGGUCUUCAGGGGUACUCUUUACAGGAUUUAGUAAGAGAAGCUGAGAAAAUCUACAACAAGCGAGAGACCUUAGAGGAAAGAGAGGACAGAAUUAGGAAAGAACAGGAAGCCAGAGAAGAUAAGAGAGAGAAAAAGAAAAACAAAGAGUUAAGUCGAAUUUUGGCCACAGUAGUUCAGGGAACAGGACCAGAUAGGGACCUGGGAGACAAAAGAAGACCCCGAGUGGACAAAGAUCAAUGUGCUUACUGCAAGGAAAGAGGACAUUGGGCUCGAGAAUGCCCAAAGAAGUUAAAUAAACUACAAAAAAAGACAACCCCAGUCCUGACCCUAGGAGACUAGGGGAGUCUGGGCCAGGAGCUCCCCCCUGAGCCCAGGGUAACCUUGAAGAUAGGGUGGCAAUUGACUACCUUCAUGGUAGACACAGGAGCUCAACACUCAGUUUUGACAACAACCAAGGGACCCAUGAGUUCCAAAACAGCCUGGGUCCAAGGGGCUACUGGAGGGAAGAAAUAUAGGUAGACUACAGAAAGAAAAGUGGACCUCAGUACAGGACAAGUCUCUCACUCGUUCUUACUGGUCCCAGACUGUCCAUAUCCCCUUCUUGGGAGAGAUUUACUCUCCAAGUUAGGAGCCCACAUCCACUUCACUAAAAAGGGAUCCACUGUACAUGGAAAAGAUGGAGCUCCAUUACAGGUAUUAACCCUGCGACUGGAGGAUGAACAUCGGUUGUAUGAGGGACCGAUAGCAGAAACUCCUGGUAUAUCUGAUUGGCUAAGUAAAAUCCCUUUAGCAUGGGCCGAGACAGGAGGCCCAGGACUGGCAUGCAAUCAGCCUCCAAUAGUGGUCACACUAAAACCAUCUGCAACUCCGGUCUCAAUCAGACAAUACCCUAUGAGCAGAGAGGCUCGAGAGGGAAUCAGACCUCAUAUUCAGAGACUUUUACAAUUAGAUAUACUUCGCCCCUGCCAGUCCCCUUGGAAUACCCCACUGCUCCCCGUAAAGAAGCCAGGAACAAAUGACUACCGACCAGUCCAAGACUUAAGAGAAGUCAAUCGGAGGAUAGAGGAUAUACAUCCCACUGUUCCAAAUCCUUACAAUCUCCUGAGUACCUUGCCUCCCAGUCACAGGUGGUAUACUGUACUUGACCUGAAGGAUGUAUUUUUCUGCCUAAGAUUGAGCCCGGCUAGCCAGCCCAUCUUUGCUUUUGAAUGGAAGGACCCUGAAGCUGGAAUAUCAGGGCAACUAACCUGGACACUACUUCCCCAAGGGUUUAAGAAUUCCCCUACUCUGUUUGAUGAAGCUCUACACCGUGAUCUGGCUGACUUUCGGGUAAGAAACCCACAGAUUAUGCUUCUUCAAUAUGUGGAUGACCUCCUCUUAGCAGGAGAGACAGAAGCUCGCUGUCUGCAAGGUACAGAGGCUCUCCUACUGAGACUGGGGUAACUUGGAUACUGGGCCUCAGCAAAGAAAGCCCAGAUAUGCCUACAGCAGGUGAACUAUUUGGGCUAUAGGUUGGAGGGAGGGCAAUGUUGGCUGACAGAAAGCAGGAAACAGACAGUAGACUCUAUCCCCCCACCAACCUCAGCCAGAGGGCUCAGAGAGUUCUUGGGAAGCGCAGGAUUCUGUAGAUUAUGGAUACCAGGUUUGGAUACUGGGCCUCAGCAAAGAAAGCCCAGAUAUGCCUACAGCAGGGCAAAAAGGUCAAAGACUAAAAAACACCAGAGAGCCUUUGACAAAAUAAAAAAAACACUGCUGACGGCUCCAGCUCUGGGAUUGCCAGACUUGACAAAACCUUUCAUCUUAUAUAUAGAUAAAAAUAAAAUAACAAAAGGAGUCCUUACUCAGACUUUGGGACCCUAGAAAAGGCCAGUAGCUUAUCUCUCAAAGAAACUGGACAAUGUGGCCACUGGCUGGCCCCCAUGCUUGAGAAUCAUGGCGGCAAUAGCAUCCCUGGUUAAAGACUCAGACAAACUCACUAUGGGCCAGCCCUUAACUGUUAUCACACCUCAUGCAGUGGAGUCCAUCAUCAGACAGCCUCCUGACAGAUGGUUGUCAAAUGCCAGGGUGACCCAUUAUCAGGCACUACUAUUAAAUCCAGAAAAGAUCAAGUUUGGUAGCCCUGCCACCCUAAACCCCGCCACGCUGCUACCAGCCACCGAGAAAGGCACUGAGAUUCCCCAUGACUGCCAGCAAAUACUUGCAGAGACACAUGGGACCAGGGAAGACCUCACUGACCAGCCCCUAACGGAUGCAGAUGCCACUUGGUAUACGGACGGGAGCAGCUUUCUACAAAAUGGUGAGCGAAAGGCGGGGGCAGUGGUGGUUGAUGGAGAAAAGAUAAUUUGGGCCCAAGCCUUGCCGGCUGGAACAUCAGCCCAGCGAGCUGAAUUAGAAGCUCUAACUCAGGCCCUAAAAUUAGCAAAGGGCAAAAAGGUCAAUAUUUAUACUGACAGCCGCUAUGCAUUUGCCACUGCCCAUAUACAUGGGGAAAUAUAUCGGAGGCGGGGACUCCUCACCUCAGCUGGUAAGGACAUCAAAAACAAAGAAGCAAUAGUGGCCCUUCUACAAGCCUUGUACUUGCCAAAACAGGUCAGCAUAAUUCAUUGCCCUGGGCAUCAACGAGACCAGGGGCCGAUUGCUCGAGGCAAUCGGAUGGCAGAUGAAACUGCCCGUCAGGCAGCAGAAGAUACCUACAUUCUCUACACACAUGCAGACCUUAAGGCUGAAAUGGAGACACAGGAAAAGGAGGCAGAAGCUCUUUUUAAUGCUACCUUGGAUCCUGAAACCAAGAUGUGGAGAUAUCGAAAUCGUACCAUACUGCCCCGGGAAGCAGCACUUGAGCUAAUCUCCCAACUCCACCAGUGGACACAUUUGGGACACAAGAAACUAAAAACACUACUAGAAAGAGAAGAACAAUUCUAUUACUUCCCAGACCUUAACCAGCUAGUUCAGAAGGUAGUAGGAGAUUGUGUCUCAUGUUCCCUGGUAAAUGCAACCAGGUCAAAGGUCCCGUCUGGCAAGAGAGAAAGAGGGACACGACCAGGGACUAACUGGGAAGUAGAUUUUACUGAGGUCCUCCAUGGUUAUAAAUAUCUUUUAGUGUUCAUAGACACUUUCUCAGGGUGGGUUGAAGUUUUCCCCACCUGGAAAGAAACAGCCUAGAUGGUGGUGAAGAAACUGAUCGAAGACAUUUUCCCUCAAUUUGGACUGCCUAAGGUAAUUGGGUCUGAUAAUGGCCCAGCCUUCGUCUCCCAGGUAAGUCAGGGAAUGGCCAAAGCACUGGGGAUUAAUUGAAAAUUACAUUGUGCUUACAGACCCCAGAGUUCAGGACAGGUAGAAAAAAUAAAUAAAACUAUUAAAGAGAACUAUUAAGAGACCUUAACUAAAGUAGCUCUAGAGACUGGCACUAAAGACUGGGUACAGCUCCUACCUCUAGCCUUAUUUCAGGCUAGAAAUACUCCUGCUAUACAUGGCUUAACCCCCUAUGAAAUCCUUUUUGGAGGACCGCCUCCUGUCCUCGAUGUAACUUUGUCCCCCUUGCCCUCUUCUUUUGAUAACCCCAGCUUAAAAACAAGACUCCCAGCCCUCCAGAUCAUCCAGAACCAGGUAAUCAUCGAGAUAAGUGGCUUAAUUCUAAAUGUGGGGAGAGGGACUACUUUUACUGUAAAAAUUGGGGAUGUGAAACAACUGGGGACACCUGGUGGUCUCCAUCCUCAUCCUGGGAUUACAUCAUUGUAA